AUGGCAGCCUUGGCGGUUUUUCCCCUGAUUUUAUUUGUUCAGCAACAACACACGUACAUGCUCCUGGAACACAGCAUCGUUGGUUUAUGCACUCAAUCGGCGAAAUUGUGGCGGCACAUGGUGGUUGGAGAUGACAGCCACCACCUCAUGGUGGUAGUGGUUGCAGAACAUCGUCGGAAUGCCACUGAAUGGCAACCAACGGCGGUUACGGCCCAAAUAGCUAGAAGGGAUGAAGGAGGUGAAAGAUGGCCUUACCGUGAGCAUUCCGUUCGCACUCAACUUGUGUCCGCCGGUCACAGUUCUGACUUUGUUCUUUGUGGGGUUUCUUCGGCCGUUCGCGACUUCACCGGAGCAGCAGAAGAGGUGACGAUGGCGUUCAAUGACAAGGUGGCGGAGGCUAGAACGAUUGCGCCUGGCGGUCUUGCUCCAUCGGAAACGGGAAGGAAGUGUGCGGUUGGAGGUUUGACAAGCGGCAGAAGGGAGAGCCGGAGAUGGUGGCGGCUGUAA